AUGGUCCUGAAACGCAAACGCGGAGACAAUUUCGUUCCCUGGACGUCCUCUUCUCAGGAGCAACCCCAAACGAGUGCGCAAACUGGCGUGAACGCGACAGAUCCGGUUUUGCCACCCGAGAAGAGAACAAGGAGCAACCCGCCACGCUCGAAAAGACCUAUACCAUCGGAAUCUGCUGCUGCGCCAGCCCCGAAGGCGAAAGCAGCACUUCCGAAGAAAACACGUGCACCGCGCACGAAGAAAGCCCCUGUUGCCGUACCACCUCCAGUUGCUGUACCAGGACCAUCUUCGAGCCAGGCAUCCGCACCGACUCCAAAGCCCGCUCCUUCUAGGAGAGGACGGAAGAAGGCCGCGAGUUCUGAGCCGAGCGGGUCGCAACCGAAGCCGGAAAAACGCCUGGCACAGUUCAAGCCACACUGCCCACAGAAUAUCUUGGAUAGACUUGCACGCGUUCGGAGUCAAAGAAUUUUCAUGAUUGACCGUGAACGAAAUGGCAACGAGUUGAAAGAGAAGUUCACGAUUCUUGGUUCUACGAACAACGUAUACACUGUGACGAUUGAGCACCUCCCGCAAUGCAAUUGUCCCGAUGCCGUUAAAGGGAAUCACUGCAAACAUAUCCUGUUUGUGUUCACGAAAGUGCUUCAAGUUAGCCAAGACUCAGGUCUCUGGUAUCAGAAAGCCCUCCUCACAAGCGAGCUCGAGAAAAUCUUCGCAGAAGCGCCUCUAGCUCCGAAUUCCAUGGCCCAUACCCACAUUCGGGACGCCUAUGCGCGCGCCACGGGCAAAGCGCCUGCCGCUGCUGCACCGGCCGACGCAGGCCCCAGCAACAAGCGCAUCCCGGGCCCAGACGACGACUGUCCGAUCUGCUACGACGGUAUGCAUGGGACGGCCGAGGCGUCGCUCGUGUUCUGCGAAGAAUGCGGGAACGCGCUGCAUAAGGAAUGUUUUGGCGAGUGGCAAAAAACGGCCCGCCACACCGGGAAGGAGCUCACUUGUGUAUGGUGUCGCGCAAAGUGGGUCGUCGCCCCUGCACCUGGCGAGGUCGGUGCCAAAAGGGUUCCGGGCGGGUACCUCAACUUGGGUACAGCUGCGGGAGGCAGUCCUGGUCGCGAUACGAGCACUUAUUAUCAUGGACCCAGGAGAGGUCAAAGGUAUUAUGGGUUCCAGGCUUACGACGAUUAUUGA